UCAGAUAAAAAAAUAACUCACAGGUCUCUUUAUUCUCACGCCGAGGCCGAGCUAAAGAAAACCCAACCAAGUCCAUCACAAAAUUCAAACAAUCUCUCAGUAUCUCGUUCUCGCUAUUCCUCCAUUACAAAUACAAUCUAUGCAACAAUUCCACUUCUCUCAGCACUAGCUAGGGUUCGCUAUUCCUCCUUUUUUCAUUCUCUCUACCCUACGCUCUUCCUCGUGGCUUAGGAAAGUCGUUGAAUUUCUGCAAUAUGUAUGGUCAAGGGAGUUUUAAUCCCCAGUCCGGUGGCCAAGGUUCUCAAACACCCAUUGCUCCUUCAUGCUCUCACCGUCCGCCUCCUCUUCCUCACAAUUUCCAACUAGGCCCUCCUCCUCACACUGUUCAGCCAAGUUUGCCCCCGCCCCAACAUCUACUUGCACCUGGUGGGACGGCAAAUGCUGCCCAGUCUUGUUCACUCUCUUCUACAACUGUUCGUGGAAUUGCUCCUUUCCAGCAUGUUUAUGCACCUGCGCAGCAUUCUUCCUAUUUAGCAUCGGGCCCUCCUCCACCUCCUCCCUUUGGUUUGCAUCGUCUUGAAAUGUUACAGGCCCCGCUGCCUCCUAGAGGUUUACCUCCUCCUCCUCCACCACCACCAGCACUACCUUCUCAAGGUCAGAGGUUUUAUAAUUCGCUGCCACAACAGCUAGCUGGUGUGCAGGGUCCACAGCAUAUCCCCCCUCCACCUCCCCCACCUCUUCUUCCAACUUCCAGUUUCUCAACAUCUGCUCCCUUUGGGAGUUCUGCUGAGUCUAAUGGUGCCAAUCUUCAAAUGCUUUCAAUGGCUUCCCUACCACCACCCCCACCCCCACCACCAACCUCUUCGGCACCGCUGAUUCCACCUUCUCCUCCUCAGUCUAACUCGCACAUGUUGCCAGUAUCCGCACCUGUCCUAGCUGGUUCCUAUCCACUGCUUCACUCUGAUAUUGCUUCCAACUCCAGCAUACCUUCUGGUGAUAAAUUGGGCACUACUGGUUUUGUCAAUGGAGCUAUCCCUCUCGAUCAGGGUGGACAUAGUGUUCCUGUGCAUGAUGGCAACUUAUAUCUGGAAGGUGGAAGUGGCACUGAGGUAGAUUGUAAAUUGGAUGAAGCAAAGAAUUUUUCACAACCCAGUCAUUUGAUGGUUGCCGGUGGAUCCCACAUGUCUGCUGAUUCUGAUUCCGAUAUGGAGAUGGAAGAUGAUAUUACACAGUCUGACAAUGACCAGGCAGCAAAUCACCCUAUUGGAGAUCUAACUCACUGCAAUCAUUUGAUAGCUGGAGACUCUGAUAUAAGAGAGCAGUUGCAUGAACUGCAGAGUUCAGCACAAUCUGAUGCUGCCACAUUGGUUUUACCAGUCCCUGGUUCCUCCAGGCUGGAUAAUGGUCAACAAGUUUCUGAAGUUCAUAGCCCAGUCAUUAAUUCAGCUGGAGUUGAUGAAAAAAGUUCAUCAAGGGCCAUGGCAGCUGCUGGAUGCAUGAAUUCUGAUGAGUAUUCUAGUGAAGUUUUAAAAGGCGGCAGCCCAUUCAGACUUCUGCAGGAUAAUGCUUCUGAGGAUAGCUCAGAAAAUAAUGAUGAGCCCUAUUUGAAAAAUACCAUUUCUAAAACUGCUUCAAAAUUAGUUACAGUUGGCUCUGAAGAUCUACAGCAGCAGCAGCCAUCCUAUUGUUUGAGUAACUUUGCUUCUGAUAAUGUGUAUGGUCUAUCUGGGAAGAUAGGUCCUUCAUCCGUGUUUCCACCAGAUAUUCUGGACUCAAAUCAGCUGUCUUGCCUGCCCAAUUUUGCAGUAUCAAAAAAUUCAAGUCUCCCUAAUACUUAUCCAGCUAGUUUUGAGCUGCCGGUCAACUCCAAAUUCAGUUCUGAUGUUUUAAGACAAGAAAAGGUUGCAUCCUACAGUAGCAUGUAUGAUCAAUCUUCAAGUUGGAACCAUAUUUCACUUGAUGGACAAGAUGCUAGUGUUCGAUCAAGACAGCUAAUCUCUUCUCCCAGUUCUGCUAGGGAUGUUGCACAAAUUAUUCCUAGGUCAGGUAGUGAUCAGUAUGAUCCAUUUUUGGACAGCAUUGAGCCAACUUCAACCUCAUUUAGGAGACUUGACCACAUUCAGAAGUGGGAAUUCAGUAACACUGACAUUAUGCCAAGGCUUAGUGGCUCAGACAAAUCAUUGGAUGUUGAAGAAAACAAUAAGGAGGAGGUUAGAGGCAUUGCUCCUUCUACAUCCCUUGAUAAUGAGGAGUUUGGUGAGACUGCAGAUGCAGAAGUCGGUGAUGUUGAGGAUCAGAGCCAAAGUAAUCCUGUUGUAGUGAAUGUGAAUAUGGGUGAUAUGGAGAUCGAUCAGGUUAAGUCUCCAAGGAAGAGCAAAAAUAGCAAGGACUCCAGAUCAAUGAAGCUUUUCAAGAUUGCCCUUGCGGAUUUUGUGAAGGAGGUUUUAAAGCCAUCAUGGCAACAGGGUAACAUGAGCAAGGAAGCAUUUAAGACUAUUGUCAAGAAGACAGUUGAUAAGGUUGCAGGAGCGAUGAAGAGCCACCAAAUACCCAAGUCCAAGGUGAAAAUAGAUCAUUAUAUUGACUCAUCGCAAUGGAAAUUGACAAAACUUGUGAUGGGUUAUGUUGAUAAGUAUGCCAAAGGGUAAAAGUUGAUAUCAGGAUGGUUUCUGGAUGAAGGCAUUGAUUUUGCUUGCUUUGUGGGGACUAUAGUGCCACUGGAGCUGCAAAACAACCUAGAAUUGGUCGUAGAGCUGUGAGAAUAGGUGGGAAAAAAAGAGAGCUGGUGUUAGUAGAUUCCUUCAUUUUGUGAAGUUUGCACCUGCCAGAAGAAGAAUAUAUUAAGGUCUAUGACCAGUUGAACUCAGUUACAGCGUAUUCCAACUUCAAGGAAAUUCUUAGGAGGCUCCAAAAUGUGUAUGUAAUGUGCUGCUUUGAAAGAAUGUUGCACUUUUCUUUUCAUCUGGAGCAAUUUUGUUAACUCUCUUGUAAAUUGCCAGUUUUUAUUAUGAUCACUGAGUACAUAUUUGAUUGUUAAUUUGUUUGUUGUGUAAUCAUUGGAAGGAGAGAGGAUGAAUUUGGAAGCAUGAAUAUAAACAACUUCAGAUUUAUUAAGAGAAGAUUUUUUUUUUUCUUUGUUAAUUUGCAUGAUAUAUUUUAGAGUCCUGACUCAUCUCAAUUUGUCAUGUUUGUCAUUAGCAAUGAUAUGUUUUGGUAUGUGGUUUAUUAAUCAAAACGAGAAAAAUUGAAUUAUCUUUCUUUUUUCCCUUCUCAAAGUACUAUAUCUAUGCUUGUCUUGGACAAUGGUGUUGGAUUGAGAAACAGGUGCUACAGUGUUCACUUGGACUUCUAAAGAUAAGUUGGUUGUACAUAAUGUUAGCAGGUAACAUCUGUAUGCUGUCUUUACAUUGCCUGAUCAGUACAGGAUUGAGCUCUAGGUAAUUAUAACGAAUUUGACUGCAAUCAUGAAUUACCGAACAAUGAUUGAAAUUUUGAUUUUUUCAACAAUCAAAGCAUGAUCACAGGUCAGAUAAAUCUACAUAUGUACAUAGCGACCAUGCAUCUGAUUCUUGGUUGCAUAGGUUUUCACUAUUUUACUUUUCUUUUUUCCUUGUUUGCAGUCAUACUGCAAUAGAGAGGUCAUUAAGCAAUCCCUUUCAAGAGUUUAUCUUAACAAACAUGAUUCCCAGUGUUGGUGCAGAACCGUUCUCCAGAGCUUACAGUCAGUCUAGUUAGCAGUAACCUCUCGGGUGAGAUCUUAUGGCUUGUUCAUGUUUUCUGUUCUGUGAGUAGCAUCUUUCAGUAGAAUUGGAUUGAUAUAGUUACCAAUGAGAUUAAUAACUUUAUUGCGUUACAAGAUGUAGAUUUAUUAAUUUAUUUUGAAUGCAUGAGAUGUCAAUAUGUUGUCCCUCUUUAUUGCUUCCCUGGUGAUGCAUACAUGUGAAGAAUGAACUAUGCUGACAUGGUGUUGCUUAAAUCUUAGUUGAGAAAUUGGAACUAGAAAGAACAAAAGAUUUAAAUACAUAUAAAAGAGGCCUUUACUUUUAUUUAAAUUUUAGAAGGAAAAAACAAGCCUUUCUUUUCUUUUCAUGACAUAACGCUGAUGUCUAGUCAAUUUUCCUUUGUGGUUGAUUUUCCUUUGUGCUUAGUAGUCAAUCUGAUAUUGUGCUGGCUCCUUCUUUUAGUUUCUAAUUCAUGACAUAGCUAGGAUAUCUUGUCAAUUUAUACUUCUUGCUCUGCCUGUGUUAUCAAAUUGUAUUUUUGGACGAGGAAUAAUCACGAGAAUUGUAAAUGGUUGAUUGGGCUGCACGAUGGAAUCGAGUUACUUUCGGUAAGGUAUUGUAUUUGUGCUUUGACAGUGAACUGAAAUUUUUUCACCUAAUCGGGUUUGUUCAUUGAAACUCAAGUUAUGAAUUUGUAGAAUGUUUUUCAACUGGGGUGGACCUCAUCAUGCGAUCCACUUGUUAUUACCUCCUUACACAAAGGAAAAAGGAAGGAAACCCUUUGGAGUGAUGUGGGGAUUGGAGGAAGAUUUACAUUCGGCCUUUCUCUGUAAGAAUAUUUCAUAUGAAUCAUCAGGCCUUUCUUUUCUUUUCUUCUUUUUAUUGAAUUGUAAUAUUAAGUUGUUACUAGAUGGUUUCUGUCAGAUUGCUUCCUUAUAUUAUU